CCUCCUUUACAAAGUUGAACUGAAAAGACUCAAUCAACACCAAAUGCACCUCGGUUCACCUGAUCAGGCUGAUCUGCAGGAAAAGCACACACUUUUUUGGAAGUCUGGCUCUCAACCAAGUCAGCUUAGCCAAUCACAAAACAGCCUCCGUCUUCUCUAAGAGUUCAGUGUGUCCGUAAACACACAGGAAACGGAGUUAAGAGCUGCAGAGAUGAUGCUUUUUUGCAUUUUUCUUGUGCUUCUUGGUGAAACAUGUCAGGGCCAGCCCAAUGCGACCAGGACCUUAGGUAUAGUUCAGGACACUGGCAUCAUCAGAGCUGAGAUUGGGAAGAAUGUGACGUUGCACUGCUUUUGCCAAAACGACGUAACUCACAUUUCUUGGUACCAGCAAAGCUUGGGGGGCGAGCUUUGCCUCAUUUCAACUCGAAUGAAGCAAAUAACCGUCGCAGAAAUGUCCCCUGCGUUUCAAAAAAGGUUCCAUGUCUUGGCACACGCUAGAGAAUGCAGCAACCAUCUCACUAUCACAGACCUUCAGGCAUCAGAUUCAGCUACAUAUUUCUGUGCGGUUUUAGAGUUCAACGGAAUUGAAUUUGGACCAGGGGCUUUCCUUCACGUCAGAGCGUCGCUCUCCAACACCCAACCUGUUGUCCAUCAGCCUGUGGUGGAGGAACUUAGGCCAGGAGACUCUUUGAAUUUAAGCUGCACAGUAUACGCUGAAUCACAAUGUGCAAGCGAGCAGAGUCUCUACUGGAUCAAACAUGGUGCAGCAGGUGCAGCUGUGCUCACAUUCCCCAGUGCAGGACAGUGUACAACAGAAAAGUCUCACAAGAGAAAUUGCACUUUCAACCUUGAAAUACACUCUGCAAGCGCCUCUGAUGCUGGGAUGUACUACUGUGCUCUGGCUUCCUGUGGUGAGAUUGUUUUUGGUGAUGGCACCAGAGUGGAGAUCAUAGUUUUAGCCUUCCCCGUCCUGCUGUGUUGCCUGAGUGUGGCAUUUGUUCUCUCCAUGAACGUGCUGCUCAUCAUGGCAGUCAAAACAUACAAGCUGCAAAAGAAGCUAUGCUCUGUCUGCAAAGGGGCUGUUUCUCAUCCGACAUGCUCCGCCGCCAUUAGCCAAGACGGACACGCUCUCUACUAUCUUCCUCUGAGUGUGAAAAGGAACAACAACCUACAUCGUCAGGGGAACAACAUGGAGACUGCAUGCGUGUACUCCAGAGUAAAAAGUGGAAGAAAGUGAGGACAGAAUAAUAAGCCACUUCAGGACAUAACUUUCUUUCUUGUCAUCACAGAAUGUAAAAAAAUGUUUUAAAA